GGGCGUGUAGUGCGUGCCUUUGGCGGUGCACGCUGUGUUCGCCCGGCGUUUUUUCAUGGUUUGGGGACGGGCACCGCUAGAGAAAUUGCAUAUUGGAAUGGGAUUUGGAGUCAUCAUAAUGGAAGCAAGCUACAUGAAGGAAAAACAGUUAUUUUUAUACCAGCAUAUUGCACCUGACUGCUAGUUGCAAAUGGUUUUCUUUACAUAAGAAAAUUUGUGAUGUAAAUGAAAAGAUAGUUUUUUUUCCUAGACUGAUUGUUUACAAUAUGCUUCGCCUAAGAGCUAUUUGUCCAUUCUCCUGGAGAGUGUUUCAGUUUCGACCCUUUAGUUUCGAACCAUUACUUAAUCAGAUGAAUAAGUGUACAGAUGAAGAGCAAAUAUUUGAUCUUAUUGAAAAAAACAAAGACAUACUUUCAGAAAAGCAAGUGGCAUGUGCACUCAGUAUGCUUUGGCAGUUUCAAAAGCAGAAGAGCAUCUUGUUAAAAAAUGUGGAAUGUAUUAGAGACCAUCCCCAAUUUCUUACUCUUCAUAAUUUAACUACAACUAAAAUGGAAUUCAUGAAUGACAGUACCUUGGUGAAUGUGUUGUACAUCAUACAACAGUUUGGUUUUGAGGCCCAUGACCCGCUAGUUGAAGCACUAGUUACAGAAGCAUGGAGAAGACUGGAAAGGUUUGAUAUUAAUGUGCUGUCAAAAUUUUCCUCUUGCCUGGCAGAUCAACAUUUAUGUUUUAGUCCAUUAAUGGGAAAAAUAGCUGAUAUUGUAAAUAGGAACUUGGAAACCAUACAGGACUUAAGGUGCUUGUCUGUUUUAAUGGUCAGCAUAUCUUCUUUAAUAUCACAGCGUUUUCAAGAGCAAUUAGUGAACAAAACAGAGCAACUUUUUGACACCAUAGAUUCUUCCCAGGUCAACAUUGCAAGAAGAAUAGUACAGUUUCUUCGAAAUAUUAAAUAUAGUUAUUACCCACUAUUGGAAAGGUGCAAUAAGGUGUUUUUGAGCAAUGUGAACCACCUUGAUUUGGACUCCAUCAGUAAAAUACUUAGUCUAUACCACUCUCUACAGUUUCAUAGUUUUGAAUUUAUUUUAAUGACCAAGAAGAGGCUAACAGAAAUGAUUCCUCUGUUUGACUACCCUGCUAGCUUUGUAAAAUUGUUUGUAACAUUGGGACCUGUGGCAGGACCUGAAGAAGAGAAACAACUUAAAUCAACUAUAUUAUUGAUGUCAGAGGAGUUGACUAGCCAGCAAGCCCUGGCAGUGAUGGGAGCAAUGGAAGAGAUGGAAAGCAGAAAUUCACGUCUGAUUAAAAAAAUUGCUUCAAUUCUGCAUAAACAUUUGGAUAACUAUAAACCAGUAGAGUUAUUGAGGAUAACUCAAGCAUCGAUUUUUCUACAUUUUCAAAGUAAAGAGCUUUUUGUGAAACUCAGAGAAUUGCUGCUUAGUUAUUUGAAAGUCAGUGUCAUACCUAGUGAGAUUUCCCUCCUGAUUUGUGCUCUUUCGAUGCUUCCUUCUCCUCACUUAGACGAAGCGAGGAUAUCUCAAAUUGAAGCAGUUUUACCACAGUGUGACCUAAAUGACCUGAAUAGUUUUGCCACAUCUGUUUUAAGAUGUAUUCAGUAUGAUCACAUGUAUCGGAAUAAUAUUCCUGGGAAACAGUUGAAACUACUUCAAAAAUUAGAUCACUACGGUCGUCAGAGACUACAAAAAUGCAGCAGUUUGAAUCUGUUAUGGGAAGAAGUUAAAUCUUUAAAAGGAGACUGGUUUGCUGAUUCACUUCUUGAAGAAACUGUUGUUACCUUACAGCGUUUGAUGGAUGAAAUUAAUUACAUAAAUGUUGCAGGGAUUGCAUCUUUUAUUUCUAGAACUAACUACCUCAGUACUUCGCUACUUGAUAGGAUAGCCUCAGUGGUCCUUCAGCAGAUUGAAAAGAUUCAUCCUUUUGCAAUCCUUGCUAUUAUUCUUCCGUUCAGCGCCCUGAACUAUGAUCCACCUCAAAGGGAUGAAUUUUUUGGAACUUGCCUUCAACGCCUUAAUUCUUACUUAAGUAUAUUGGAUCCUCUCAUGUUAGUGUUUCUUGGUUACUCUUUGGCCACACGUGAAUAUUUUUCAGAAGAUCUACUGAAGGCAAUUUUUAACAUAAGAUUCUUAGCCAAAUUAGAUUCUCAACUUGAACUUUUAUGUUCAUCUCUAAAUAUGAAGGUCCAAUUUCGUCUUAUGGAAUUAAAUAGAGCAGUCUGCUUGGAAUGUCCUGAAUAUCAGAUUCCAUGGUUUCAUGACCGCUUCUGUCAACAGCAGUAUAAAAAAGAUUUUGGCAGUAUGAAUGGAGCACAACAGCAGAUUUAUAAAAUGUUAGCAGAGGUACUAGGAGGAAUCAAUUUUGUAAAAGCCUCUGUUCUUACACCUUAUUACUACACAAUAGAUUUUGAGUGUAUCUUGGAUAAAAGGAAAAAUCCUCUUCCGUAUGGAAGCCAUAACACAACUUUGGGAAAACUACCAAAAAUACACUCGGAAUUAAAUACUCAAAUAGCUGGAUCAAGACUGCCACCAGGAGCUGAAAAGAUUGCUUUGGAAUUUUUGGAUUCGAGAGCAUUUUGUAGAAACAUCCCUCAUUUAAAAGGAAAAUCUGCUAUGAAAAAACGACACUUGGAAAUUUUGGGCUAUCGUGUAAUUCAGAUCCCUCAUUUUGAAUGGAACUCUAUGGCACUGUCAACAAAGAAUGCUCGAAUGGACUACCUGAGAGAACGGAUAUUUGGAGAAGGCAAAUCAUCAUCAUAGUUUUUUUUGAAAAUUAGUUAUCAUGAGAAUAAUAAUGAGAGGCAAUAAUUCAAGAGGGACCCAGGAAGCUUUUUCAUCGACAAAGUAACAGAAAGGAUAAGCACCUUCACUGCCCAAGCCUAUGGGUAAUUUUUUUCUUUUGAUCUCUGAUCUCCCACCCACAUCAUUAUGCCACUUCCAGAAUGGAACUCUGCCUUCAAAUCUCCUACUAGUUGGAAGGCUGGUCUAUCAGCUUGUCUCAGUAACGGAAUGGAGGUCCCUAACUCAGCUGAGGAACCUCGACAAGUCUUCUUUGAUUUCAGCCUCAUCCCAAGGCCCAUGAAUGUUUUCUUUAAAAAGCUGCAGGCGAAUGAGGUAGAAAGGGCAGAGACGUUAGAUGGAAACCAGCAGAAGGGCAAAGAGUAUGGCUCCCACAGCACUAAUGGACAGCAGGCCUCCCAAGGCUGAAAAUGCAAAAAGCAGUGUGACUCCCACAUAGCUGCGGGGAGUACAUGCCUUCAGUUUCUUCUGUAACAUGGGCCAUAGGGCAAAAAUCUGGAUGGCAAAUGUCACCAUAACGAAGGCAUGUAGGGACCGGGGCAGGCGUGAGGCAAGGCAGACAGAAGCAAAGAUGGCCAUGUUCAAGGACAGUGUGCUGGAUACAAUGGCAGCAUUGGCACCAUAGUCAAAGAAGAUGAGGUGCCCUAACAGCAUGAAGACUGACAUGGCAUAGAUGGUGUCAAUGCUGACGGACUCUGUCAGUCUUCAGCACUGGCGAAAAGCCAUAUGUGAAAGGUAUGAAGACUAGGGCACUCUUCAAGUCAGCCCACCGGGUCCGCCCACUCUUCUUCCGUCCUUCACCUCCAUCAAUGAGAUCAAACAAAACAUAGCCAAUCAGUGAAGAAGCCAGGCCGGUCCCAAAAAGCCAAUGGGGAGCCAGAAGACCCUCAUCUAUAUACCAUCAGAUAACCACAAAAACACAGACACUGCACAGCUGCUGUAUCACCACACUGGACUCAAAUACCACAGCCCAAUAUUGGUAUUUCCGGGCAGAGACAUUCUUCCGGAGCUCUUCCAGGAACCUCUGAUCCACGUAGUUAUCAGGAAAAGGCUGUCGCUCAUACAAGACCUUCUGCCACCUGGCCUCUUUGGUGUUACUUACAGGCUGGGCACACAUUAUCCUUUCGCUCAAACUCAGGCCAGUUCAAUCUCCCUUGCAGAAGUCCAUGUGGUUCUCGAUCUUUACAAAGUUUUGAAAUAAAACCUCUCUGGAAAUUC